GGCGGGAACUGGCUGACCCGGAAGGAAAUCGGUGACCGCUUGGCAGCAGCUCCGCCGCCGUUCAUUCAGCCGGGUUGGGUACCCGGUACCGUCCAGCCGCGGGAGAGGCUCUGUCCGCGGAGGAGAGCUGUCAGUCAUUCGUGGGGGCGGCCCUCUCCGCUCUGUGCCCCCACUCCUCCAUCGCCAGCUUGACCGAUCGAUGGAAGGGGAACGUUAUGGCGGUUGAAUGUGACCAUGGAGGCUGCAGGGAGCGGGAGCCUGGGAGCUGCGGAUGCACACUCUCCCGGCGCGGCCUGGCCCGGUGCCGCUGAAGGAUCCGCGCCGAUGAGGAGAAGCGAUCGAGAAGCGGCCGUGGAUGGAAGGAACGUGGGGUUUGUGCUUGUGCAUGCAGGAGCAGGUUAUCAUUCUGAAUCAAAAGCCAAGGAGUAUAAACAAGUUUGCAAGAAAGCUUGCCAAAAGGCAAUAGAGAAGCUGCAAACCGGUGCCCUUGCUGUUGAUGUAGUGGCAGCAGCCCUUAUUGAAUUAGAGGACUCUCCCUUCACUAAUGCAGGAAUGGGUUCCAAUUUAAAUCUCUCAGGAGAUAUAGAAUGUGAUGCCAGUACAAUGGAUGGAAAAUCUUUGAAUUUUGGAGCUGUUGGAGCACUCAGGGGGAUCAAGAAUCCAAUCUUAGUUGCAAAUAAACUGUUAAAUGAAGCACAGAAGGGGAAGCUCUCUGCUGGCAGAAUUCCUCCUUGUUUUUUAGUCGGAGAAGGGGCUCACAAGUGGGCAGUGGAUCAUGGAAUUGUACCAUGUCCUCCUGACAUACUGGCAACAAAAUUCAGCUUAUCUGCGUUUAGGAAAAACAGACGAAAACUGGAGCUUGCAGAGAAGGUGGAAACAGAAAUGAUUCAGACAAAGAAGAGAAGAGAAGUGUCUGAAAACACUAACGUCACAACUUCACUUGAUACUGUUGGGGCGGUAGUGGUGGACCAUGAAGGAAAUGUUGCUGCUGCUGUUUCAAGUGGAGGCUUAGCAAUGAAGCACCCUGGGAGAGUUGGCCAAGCAGCUGUAUAUGGGUGCGGUUGCUGGGCAGAAAAUACAGGUGGCCGAAAUGUGUAUUCUACAGCUGUGAGUACAUCAGGUUGUGGUGAACAUCUGGUACGAACUAUGUUGGCCAGGGAAUGUUCAGUGGCUCUACAGGCUGAAGAUGCCCACCAAGCCUUAUUGGAGACUAUGCAAAAGAAAUUUGUUCGUUCACCAUUCCUAGCCCGUGAAGACUCUGUACUUGGUGGAGUGAUCGUUCUCCGUUGUUGCAGAUGUUCAAUAGAAUCCGAGUCAUCAUUGAAUACACAAGCUCUUCUAGUUGAGUUUUUAUGGAGUCACACCACUGAGAGUAUGUGUGUUGGGUACAUGUCGACACAAGAUGGAAAAGCUAAGACUCACAUAUCAAGACUUCCACCAGGAGCUGUGGCCGGGCAAUCACUGGCAAUUGAAGGUGGUGUUUGCAGGCUUCGAACCUCUGUCUCACUCCAAUAAUUCUACCACACACAGAAUCAGAUGAACUAACUAUAGUCUACUUCUUAUAUUUUAAUUAUAUAAAUGUGAUUAUAAAAAGCAGAUUGCGAAGUUUAUCUUUUUUUGGUACCACAAUAAAAAUUGCACUUUGUACUUUAUAUAUCCUGAUUAUGCAAGUACUUGCUGCUUUUUUUGACCCAUAUUAUCUGUCUAAAAUAAAGAUGAUUGUAAUUAACUUUGCUGGAAUGUUCAAAAGUUUGUUACCAGAUUUUUUUCUUGAUUAGUACACAAGUUGUUCCAAAAAGGUAAAUGAAAGAAAACCACCCUUCCAGUUGACUUAAGUUUCAAUCAAUGCAUCCAUGCUUUUAAUCUGAAAGGAUCAGGAUCGUGUUACUUUGGCACUUGGUUCGGUAACUAGUAAGUGCCUGUGAUUUCAUCAUUAUUGAUUACAUCACAAGUUUAUUGGCUAGUUAUAAUAUAUUUACCAAUGUUUGGCUGUUAGUUAAUGUGAGGUUUGCUCAGAUAAAUACAUUUGUCAUAUACAGAGAUACUGAUAAAAGAUAUGAUUGUGUGCACAAUAUGCUGAUAUUGUAUAAAACAGCGUUAAAUGAUUUAAAUGUGAAACUGUUAACCAUGCUGUUAGUACUGUCAUGCAGGACAUGAUAUUGAAUUUAUAGCAAUUUGACUGAAAAUUUGAUGACAUGUAACAGUGGGUGAAAAUUAUAUGCUUAAGAUAAAAACAGUAAAAUUGUAGAUUUAACUAAACUUCGUGCAAUGUAUGUAGAUCCUAAAUGUUUUUAUUUUUUAUUUUAAAUUACGUACAAUUAACAUAUUUGAUACACAAGUCAAAUUGUAUUAUGAUAUCCUGUAAAACAGUACUUCGUUCACAUUUUUUGUUUAGUUAUGUUUCAACAACAAUUGGUAUGUGAGAACACCUGAUUUUGCUGAGUUAACCAAUUUAUGCAGUUU